UCCGGCUCGCCGAAGACAGAUGGGGCGAGCGCCGGAGUCGGCUCCAGCUGUCGGCGCGGCGCCCUCCUCCUCCUCCUCCUUUUCCGUCCCCCCGCGCGCCCCCGUCUAUCUCCGCCUCGAGCCGGCGAGGGAGCCCAUGGCGUCCAGCGAGGAGGACGGAGCCGGCAACGGCUCGGUGGAAGAGAAGGAGAGUGGCAAGAAGGCACACCGGCGGCGCGGCGCGGUGACCACCGCCUGGCUAAUCUUCUACAACAUCGCCAUGACCGCGGGGUGGCUGGUGUUGGCCAUUGCCAUGGCGCGUUUUUACUUAGAGAAUGGAACACACAAAGGCAUAUACAAAAGCAUUCAAAAGACACUUAAAUUUUUCCAGACUUUUGCUUUGCUUGAGAUAGUCCACUGUGCAGUUGGAUUAGUACACACCUCUGUGCUUGUGACUGGGGUCCAAGUGAGUUCCAGAAUCUUCAUGGUGUGGUUCAUUACGCAUAGUAUAAAGCAGAUCCAGAAUGAGGAGAGUGUUAUUCUUUUUCUGGUCGUAUGGACUGUGACAGAGAUCACUCGAUAUUCCUUCUACACAUUCAAUAUGCUCAACCACUUGCCAUACUUCAUAAAAUGGGCCAGGUACAAUUUUUUCAUCAUUUUAUAUCCUGUGGGAGUUGUUGGUGAGCUUCUAACUAUUUAUGCUGCCUUACCUUAUGUGAAGAGAUCGGGCAUGUUUUCAGUGAGGCUUCCCAACAAGUAUAACGUCUCUUUCGACUAUUACUACUUCCUGCUAAUCGUCAUGGCUUCUUAUGUACCAAUGUUUCCACAAUUGUACUUCCACAUGCUGCGUCAGAGAAGAAAAGUGCUUCAUGGUGAAGUGAUUGUAGAAAAGGAUGAUUAAUACAACCCUGUAAUCACAGUGGGGUUUUUUUUCAGAGUAACAAACCAAAACUUUAUUGUGUUGCACGAGUCCAAGUUUGAAAUCAUGGAACAAGACUAACUAGUGCACAAAAUGAGUCUUGAUCAUACUAUUUCUUAACAGUAAUAUUUUCAGACUUUACUUUUCAACUUUGCAUUCAUCUUUCUGUCCUCCUCACCCUCGGUUUGCUUUUAGGCAAGUUAUGUGUUUCCCAGUGUUUUUAUUAUAUAAAAAAUCUGAAAAAUACUGCUGUUUAAAAAGCCCUUGGUUCUAUAUUCUAGAAGGAUUUGACAAUAUUCUGAAAAUUAUCAUUAAUACAGUUAGGUAAAUUUCAGUGUGUCCCAGCUUGGAACCAGAGAGUCCUAUGCGUACUCUUCAAAGCAUUUAUAUGUAUACUUGAAAAAAGAGUCCACCCCCUUCCAGAUCUAGCUCCUUGUACAUUGUACCAGGCAGGCUUUUCAGGAGGCAUGAGACAAUGAUGAAAGGGAAACCCAAAACUCCCCCAUUUGCCAUUGGGAGCACCCCGAACAGCACUUUGGGCCCCAACCAGCAUCUUAUUUCGAUGUCUGUCUGGGGCUACAAUAUUUUAUUUCAUCAAUAUUACAUAUAGUUCAUCAACUAUCGAAUUAGUCUGUAAAUUUUACACAUUCUAAGCCUUGGAUCAGAUUAUGAGAUUACAUCGAAUUUGUUAAUUAAAGAGGCAAUGUUGGGACUGGUCUUAAAUUCAGCCAUAAUUUAAGAAGCUCUCUACAAGCAAUUGCCCAUUUAAAAUAAGUUACUAAUUUAUACUAUACCUGCAGUAUCUUUCACUUAAAAACACUUUAAAAUUGUCCAGUGAAUGUUUUUGUUCAUUGUUUUAAAUGAGAUGUAUUUUUUGUAUAUAAAUAAAGUGGAAAAGUGCUGAAAUUUGAUUACUAUGUUCUGAUGUAAUAGCAGUCCAGGAUAAAUGAAAUUUUAGUUUGCUUUGUCAUAGAAGGAAUAUUUAAUAACCUGUUCCUAUUUAUUUAAAUCCGCCUAGCUUAACAUUUAAAAUGGAUCCUCCCCCAAAAUCACACAACUAGUUCCAUGUGCUCAAGGCAGCUUGGUACUACCACAUUGCAACCACUGUUGAAACUGAUGUACUGUUGUUCAAAGGAAGAUGUCAAAAAUUACAGUGCAAGUCUGGAUCCCAGCCACUGUACCUUAAAGAAAUCUCAUAAAGCACAUGUAGUAACAAAGUCAGACUAAGUGUACAGGCUUUUUAAAGAGUUGGAUCCAGGUUCCCCAGACCAACUCGAGUUCCCCACAGCCACAUGCAGAAGGAAGGCCUCCUGCUUCCCCCUGCCCCAAGCCAUUUCCCUUUGUUAAAAAGCAUGAGAGGAGGGUAUCUCCCUGUUUUUACUGCUCUAUGUGCCCAGAAUACUCCACAUCGAGUGGCAAAAACUGCUUGAGAGGGGAGGAAGGAGCCCUUCCUUGCCCCAUUGGGGCAUUCUGAUGCUAUUUGAAAUCUCAUUUAUUUUUUAACAGCCAUUCCCCACAGCUGCUGUGUGGCUGUGAAGAACUCAAGUUGGGUUUAGGGAACCCUGACCCAACUCUUUAAAAGCCUGGAUGUUUUGUUUGAUCUCCAGAUAAACAUUUGGAUAAGAUCACUAGAUAGGGUUUUUUCCAUAUCUGCCACCCUCUCACAUGCCCUAAAAUUGGCUCAAGAGUCCCUCCAAACUAGCUUUUGAAGGAGGGAGUCGGUAGAUGGAGAUGGGAACUGGUGACCUUCCUCCUCGCACUAGUAGCAGGAUUUUUGGAUCCAAGCCACAAUGUGGGGAUUGGAACGGGUUGUGAAUCUUUCUUCAAAUAUAUUUCAUUUUGUGUUAAAUCCUUCAAAGUUUGUGUAUUUACAGUUUUGCUGAAAAAAUCAUUAAAAGGUGCACUUGUUACUGUAACAUUGUCUUGGUAAUAUAACAACUUUAUUUUGUGGGGGCGUUUCCUACAAUAAAGUGAACAAAGGUGCUCUAACCAUUUUUUUCAUGUUACAUAAAUUUGAAGUACUUUGAUAUAUUAACAUACAAAGUUGCUGAGUUUUAAUUUAUGUACUUGCACACAAACUCAUGUUUAGAUUAAAGGUUCUUAAAUUGCAUUAAUUAUAUAUUUUAAAUACACGUUUAAUCCUAAAUUUCUUUUUAAAAAUUUAAACUGUUUCUUACAAUAUAUGCCAGCAGUUUUCGUUACAUGUUUCAGAAUUAGUACAGAGAACUAACUUCAUGGAAAGAUCUACUAUUUCUGUAUGGUGAAUAGAGUUGCCUUUUUCCCUAGCAUUUUAAUUAAUUAAUGCAUAAGUUUAUUAUGUGCCUCAUCAUCUUGCUGAUCUAAUUUGGACAUGCUGCAAUGGUGCUCUGAAUACAAAUAUUUGGUUCUCAUGUAUGUUGUUGUUUAACUUGAGGAUGUUAUCGUACAGUAAGGAAAUAUUGUAGGUAUUCUUUUUUACCAUUUUGUACAUCCAAUAUUAAACAAUACCUCUUCUUGCACUCAAGAUUUCUGAUUUUGCACAGAAUGCUGAUAUUCCUGAGUGUAUUUUAAUAAUUAAAUGUUUAAGACAAUUUAUAGACAUAUUGUGCCAAAAAUGUACUAUAAAUAAAUUAUUCACCCAUAGCCAUUUUUUAAAAUUAUUCUGCAAUUUACAGAGGCACAGAAUAUAAAAACAUUUCAAUCAGGA